AUGAGAGAGGCGGUGCUGGUAGCAGUGAGAGAGGAGCUGGCUGCACACAAGGAGGAGGUGGAUGAGCUGCGGCACAUGUUGACAGCAGUGAAGGGGGAGUUGGCUGCGGUGAAGGGGGAGUUUACAGCGGAGUUGGUAGUGGUUAAAGGGGAAUUGGCAGUGGUGAAGGGGGAGUUGGCAGCGGUUAAGGGUGAGUUGGCAGUGGUUAAAGAGGAGUUGCCAGUGGUUAAGGGGGCGUUCCCAGCGGUUAAGGGGGAGUUGCCAGUGGUUAAAGAGGAGUUGACAGUAGUUAAAGAGGAGUUGGGAGUUUUUGAAGGGGAGUUAGGAGUGGUUGAAGGGGAGUUGGCAGAACACAAGGAGGCUAUGGCAGAGCAAUUGGCUGAGAGUAGUGGGGCAUUGGAUGCAAGAGGCCUGAAAGGGAAGAGUAGAAAGAGGAGGCAAGCAAUGACAGCAGAGUUUGCAUGGGCGGAUGGUGACGUGCAGGUGGGAUCCGGACCUGGCAUGAGUCCUGGAGGCGGAGGCGGAGGCGGGUGGGGAAUGGGGGGUAUGGUGGGGAUGGACAUGGGGAACAUGGGGAACAUGGGCAUGGGACGGAAUAUGGGCGGGGGCAUGGGGAUGGGAAUGGGUGGAGCGGGCGGAAUGGGGAUGAACAUGGGAUAUGGCCCUGUCUCAGGGGGAAUGGACGGGCCUGGCGGAUGGGGAGGCGGAGGAGGAGGAGCGGGAGGCGGAGAGGGAGGUGGGGGCGGAAUUGGGACCGGUGUAGGGGGAGGCGCAGGGGCAGGUUCAGGGGGGGGCGGAGGAGGCGCUGGGAUGGGCGGAGGAGGCCCAGAAACAGGUGGUAUACCACCAGGAGCACCCCACUCAGGCCCAGCGAACGGCCCUGGUGGUCGGCUGCGCAUAUUCUACCGCACAAAGAUGUGCGUGAAGUUCCAGAAAGGCGUGUGCCCGUACGUGAGCAACUGCAGGUUCGCCCACUCGCAGGAGGAGCUGCGCCCGCUCAGCUGGGCCCACCUGGGGGAGCAGGAGUUGAUUGGCAAUGUGCCUGUGCCAUGA